GUCAUCGAAAUCUGUGCUCUUUACGUCGUCGUCUUAGUGAGCUGUUCGUCAUCGCCCCUAGUAACCCUUGGCGGCGUCUCGGAGAGAUAAAGCUAGAGGAUGGGUUUGCUGUCGAUCCUGCGCAAGCUGAAGAGCGCCCCCGACCAGGAGGUGCGGAUCCUGCUGCUGGGGCUGGACAACGCCGGCAAGACCACUCUCCUCAAGCAGCUGGCCUCAGAGGACAUCAGCCAUAUCACGCCCACUCAGGGCUUUAACAUCAAGAGUGUCCAGUCUCAGGGUUUCAAACUGAACGUGUGGGACAUUGGAGGUCAGAGGAAGAUCAGGCCCUACUGGAGGAAUUAUUUUGAGAAUACAGAUGUGCUCAUUUAUGUCAUUGACAGCGCUGACAGAAAGAGAUUUGAAGAAACAGGACAGGAGCUGGCAGAGCUGCUGGACGAGGAGAAGCUCAGCGGGGUCCCUGUGCUCAUCUUUGCCAACAAGCAGGACCUGCUCACGGCCGCGCCUGCCUCCGAGAUCGCCGAGGGACUGAACCUGCACACCAUUCGCGACCGCGUCUGGCAGAUCCAGUCCUGCUCCGCUCUCACGGGGGAGGGCGUCCAGGAUGGCAUGAACUGGGUCUGCAAAAAUGUGAAUGCGAAGAAAAAAUAGUCGAUUUGUUUCUUUCGGGGGUUCUCUUUGGACUGGCAGAUGAAUGUAAACCAAGAUGGAGGGAGGAGACUUGAGGAGAUCAGAACUGAUGUACCAAGAGCAACACUAAUUCCUAAACCCACCAGUUAACCACCACCACCACAGCAGCAGGACCUCCAUGUGGACCGUUGGGUGAGAGUGAUGUCUCCCGGCAGCCCCCUCUCAGAUCUGUCUCUGCUCAGGUUACUUCCCUGGAACUGUAUUGACAGUGUGCUGUGUUCGUAUUAUGAGUGAGUUAGGCUGGGAAGUGUGUUAUACAAAGUGUAAUUUUAGAAUCAGGGCUUCUGUGAAAUCCCUACAUCAGUGUUCCUGUGAGGUUAGGCGACACUCAGGUUUUUUUUUUUUUCAGUUUAUCCUGGUGGUCUGUAGUGUCAAUUAAACUGUAGAGUCUCCCCUAGUCAGCCGUCGCUUAAGUACUAGCAAAUACUAAUGAGCGUGGGUCUGCUGGAGCCAUCGCGGAGUAGCACCUCAUUCAAGUGAACAGCAGCACUGUUUGCAUCAGUGAUUCGAACCCACGACCCACCUGUCAUCAGUAUGUGACAGCACAGAGUCUUAAUUCCAUUUCCAGGAAGCCCCAUUCACAGUUUUCUUACAUCAACACUCAAUCUCCAGGUCUGGCCGCAGUCCUGUCAUAGACCUGCUGAUUUUCAAGGACCUCAAAGAGCCUGGUUUACAGCAUGCAAGCUCGGUGACCACCCUUCAGACAAAAUGGGAAGAAUCACAAUGUGUGUGAAGUCUUUUCUUUCAACCAAAUGGAAAGCCUGCCAAUUGUGGCCCAUCUAGAAAGUAAAGUGUUAUAAAUCACAAGACUUACUUCAGGAAAUCAGAACUGGGAUAAGGCAAAGUAAACAACAUGUCCUAAAAGAUUGCUGAAGAUAUCUAAUGGUAAGAGACCCCUGUAAGGCAUUGCUGUCAGAAUAAUCUCUCAUCCUAAUACAGGGCUUUAAGGUGAAGAUGUAUACACAUUUCAGCUUUCCCAGUAGGCUAGUUAAUUGACUGCUUUCCUUAGUAACCGAAAGCCGAGCCCUCAGUCCUGGCAAUAGAAAGGCUCACUCAUCAGCUGACUAUGUGGCUAUGGUCUUCUGUCACAAACUCACACUGCCCCAAGUGGAACGGAGGUCACACUGCUUUGUCUUCAUGAGCACAUUUUGUUUUUUUCUCUAAAGGUAAGAGACAUCAAGAAGGUACAGUAUUGUGAUCAGAAUCAUGAUAAGGCUUAAACUUGAAAAGUCAAACAAGGCAAAAGCAGCUCAACCUUUAUUAGAUAUAAGUCAACUAUUGUAAAACCUUCAUAUUUUAAGUUUUGUGGAAAAUGUUAAGUGCUUGUUUUUUUAUUGCAUUUCAAAGAGUGGCAAAUAGUUAUUUGUGUGUGGAAUAAAGACUCUUGUGAUAAAUUUCUGUUCUUUAGCACAUAAAACAGUAUUGCAACACUGUGGAGAGGACUGUCCUAUACUAUACUCUCCUGCCCCUGAUGUGUCAUGGUUUCUUGUAGAGGAGCACUGAAACACUGUGUCAAAGUGAGACAAAAAAAAUCCAUGUUAAUCACAAGUGGAGGUACAAUUAAAGCUCAUGAACUCAUAUAUAAAAAUAUAAAACGGUAACUACUGAAGUGCUGGAGGGCAAAUGUUUCCUCUGAUGAAGUUGUUACUGUGAUAGAUACGUACUGUGUAGUCAUCACACUUCCAGUAUAACAGUUCACAAAUGGAGUUUGUCAGUAAAAAUCAAGGGCAAGGGAAUAGAUAAUCAAAUGAAUGAUCUCUAGAUUCUCUAGAUGUCUUUGAUAAUGAGGACCUUGCACAAUGUUCUUGAAUGACUAUAGUUUCAAAAUGGCAUUUGUUAUAUAUCGGGAAGGAAUUCUGAAUAUCUGUCUAACCAGAAAUGUGAUAAAUAGGAACUUGUAUCAAGAGAUCAAAUGUAUUCAUUGAUCUUUGAUUUAUAGAUAUUCUUUACAGGAUGUUGACUGGCUAGGUUAGGCUAAAAACAACUCGUUCUGUCUUAAGACCACCAGGACCUCUGUUGAAGAUGCAGGAGAGGUUCUUUACUAGCUGGGCUUAGUUCUGAGUAUGUAAAUGGCAGUAUCCUUUAGGCCUGCUGCAGUACAUUUAUUUGCAUUAUUAAGUUUAUCUACGUUCAGUGCACAUAUACAUAUUUAAAAAGCAAGUCGGCGCGCCUCUGUGUUCUCUUUAUCUCUGUAGAGACAGUCUCUACUUGGCCCUGGACCAGGCUUGUCAGUGUUUACUAGACCAAACAACAUCUUAAUGGGAUUGGCAGAAUUGAGCUUGCUUCACACUCUUUGAUUUUUGAUCAAAAUAAUUAUCUGCAAAGACCAGCCUUCCAGACAGGAUGUACAAAUUGUAAUCGCCCUGUAAGAGAGUUCCAUUCUGUUCUGAAACCCUAAGGUACUGUAUAUCUAAUCACAACCCACCUCACCAGUGAACUCUUUGAAGUCACGUAACCUUUUUGUAACCAAGUGAGAGACAGUAAGUGGGAGUCUGAUAUAAUUGAACAGGGUGAAGGUGAGAUAGGCAGCAGGAUUUAAUGACCUUUACCAAAGCCAUCUUAAAAGUUUAACUAUGGCUUUAAGAAUUUAUUUAAACAUAAAUUGUAUUGCAAUGAUGUCAGGUGGGUGACAGCAGUCCAUAUUGGGGUCAUUGAGCUUGUUUAACAUUUAUUCAUGCUGAGAGACUCCACAGUAUAGCGGAAGGCACUGACUUUGGCAUCUGAAUGCAUUGACUAUGAAGCCCAGUGGCUACAGUCAGCUUUUUGUGUACAAUACUAAAUAAACCCUUUAUUCCAGGGCAUUCAUAACUUUUUCUCUUUACUCUAAAUAGAUAGCCCAACUCUUGUUAAAACACUGCCAUAAUGUAACCUAGAAGUAUCUUUGAAGUUUUCAGGCCAGUUUUAUUCAGUUUUAGUCUUGUGACCUUUUGUUCAUGUCAGCACCCGAUAUUAGAGGAAAUUUGUUUUGGAACUGUACUUUAAUUUAUGAAUUUAAUUUAAACAGAACUGACCUGGAGAAGAGAGCAAUGUUUUAAAAUGGAUUUAAUGAUGGCUGCCAAACACUAGCCGAAACAAAAUGUGGGAGACUUCAGAGAGUUAGGCAUGAGGGAUUGAUCUUUUGCUGGAGAAAAAUCUCUGGAAGUCAGCCUGUAAGUUUCUUUUCAGUAUUCUGCAGAUGGUGUGAAUUGAGGCUGAAAAGGCUGGCUUGUUUGCUGAAGUCACUUUUGCAGUUUCCUGGAUGCAGCCAAUACUCCGUCAUUUUGUUCAUUUCCAGCUCUAAAAUGUCCGUUAUCUCUUAAAGAGGUGCUUGAUUUUCCUAAUGCUCUGAGGUAGAUCAGUCUCAGGGUUGAAACUUCAGCAGCCCUGAAGACCUGAUGCGCUGCAUUCCAGCGCCUUCUUGUUGACGUGGUUGGCUGACAUUGUUUUCAUCCAGUAAAACUGCUGUUAUGUCCCUGUGAGAAACAAUAAAAUGUCUUUGUCUUUAUUUCCCUUUCUGUGAUUGAAAGGCAGUUUAAAGCGUGGGAGUCCUGGUACAGUGAGAUGUUCAGCAGACAAAGAUCAGUCACAUGCAGUGAUGAGGUGAAAGACAGUUAUGUCACUGAUACUCCUGGUCCUGGAGGGCCCUGUGUCUUCUGCUUCUCAUUCUACCUUGGAUACCUAAUGGCUUAAUUAGGAUCAUCUGAUUGCUCAACUGCUUUUUUAUCACCACUGUUUUCAGUGACUGAAGGAGGAUAAGUUCCUUUUAAAAGGAGUGAAUAUCACUGGGUUAAGAUCUUUGAGCUGUUUCAGUCUCCCCUUUGCCUAGUCUGACUCCUGUCAGGUACAGGAGGUUUGGUGGCCUACCAGUGAGGAGAAAAGUUUUGUUACCAGAAAUUUCUUGGUUCAAACAUGGGUUUCUGCCGCUGACAAACUGUCUCACCCUGAGCAGGUUACUAAAACUCUUGGUGCUUCCCUACUCUUGAGGUUUAUGGAUGAUUGUGUCUGCCAUAGUGUUCCAUGCCAUAGCUGUUGAGCCCACUUUUUGUACCCAGCCUGUGUACACUGUCUGGAAGGAGACAGGGCUGAAGUUUCUGCUGUAUCUUGGGUCUGUGUCCCUAAGGUUUUAUUUUUCUGCAAAAGAAUGUGUUAAAAUGUCUUUUAUAGUCCAAGCAGGUUCUCUAGAGCUGUUUUUUUUUUCUUUGCGCCUCCAGUCCCGGGGAUUACCGAUAGUCCAGGUCUCCAGUCCAGCCAGCGUGUGGUUUCUUUUGAAGCUUUGGGUAUUUCAUCUCCCAAUGCAGCCACUCGCCUGCUCUGGGAGAGGAGCCUCUCACUCCCAGUAAGGACUGAGGGCUCCCUAUCGGGGGGUCCCCAGGGAAGAGGCCGCUGCGGGGCUUUGUGGUGGCUGUCUGAGGGAGCUCAGCCCGUGACUGGGGCGCCUUCUCCAGAUCAGGAGGCGGCUCUCAUGUCAUGGUAUUAUCGAGCCUGGCGUAACUAUGGCAACGGGACAUACACAGUCCUGUUGAGCAGAACCUGCUGUAUUUGUCAAACCCUCACCCGGAGCACACAGCAUGCCGCCGCCUCCCAUGGGCCUGUCAGCACAACAUGCUGGCCUGUUGGCAAUUGUUCUGUGUUCCUUUUUCUUUCUGGGUUUUGCUUUGUUUUCUUAGCUGAAAGCAAACGAUGGGUUUUUGUUGUAGUGGCCUGCAUCUGAACGUGUACUAUAGAUGUUGUACUGGAAGAAAUAAACACUGUUUAAUAAAGACGUUGACUUUCUGUGGA